CCAGAAACCAGGGAAGUACUUGGGGAGAAAAUAUUAAAAGACAGAAAAGUAGAAUGAGACAAAAAGGUAAAUUAAUAAAUAAACAAAUAACGGACGUAGCAGAACAGAAAGAAAACACCGAUCAACCGGUAUAUUUUCUCUUCUUAGGGCGACACUUUGAUUUAUUUUAUUUACGUAUCAGGUUUUUCAUCUCUUAUUCACACCGACGCAUCGGGAAUUCGAUCGGCGCGUUGCUGCUGCACGCACGGAUAAACCAAUAGCCGGGACCACGGUCUAUGCACUAAAAAGGCCAAGGGCGCUUUCACCGACGAUAUUACAACGAUCAGCUGAUACGGCUCCGUGUAAUCCAAGCUCCUAUCGUGCGUUAGAAACGGAAACGCGGACGGGACCGAACUUUUAUGAUUAUUGUUUGUACUCUUCUUCCUUUUUUCCCGCCUCGAUCGUUUAAUUAUUCUUCACGGUUUUACAACCUAGCUCUCUUGAACCAUAGUCGAGGUUCCAUAACUUGUUGCACGUAACUCGUAUAUUUUAUUCAUAUCGCUUUUACUCUCCGUGUCUAUGCGCAGAAUUUUAACAAAAACCAACGAACCGACGAUUUUUUAUUAUUGCUUUUGAGUCAGCCACUGAACGGGAAUGUUUAAUUUCAUUCUUUAGGAUUCGGUGUCUGUCACGAUGUUACCGUAAUCGAUGCACUGUAGCGAUAAAUGAUAAAUAUUUCAAACAUUCACUCGACGAACUUUAGGAACUGAGAAUAAUCACCAGGAAUAUUUCUUAUGCCGGGUAAUUAUAUUCAAUAUGCGAAUUGGCUUCUUGUUCACUUUUUAAUCGUGUCUCAAGCUUGACGAUUGAAUAUUGCUGAGAGUAGACCGCCGGAAUAUAUCAACGUCUUAUUAGAGAUGGAAUAUUUGAUGAGGAUGUUGAGUCCCGCUGUCCGUGGCUGACUACUGAUCGGCGGCAGAAAUCACGAGGCGCCGAGUAAGCGUCGAAUGGUCACAGCAUCCGACACUCUCCUCUCUCCACACUCUCUCCAUGGACCUUGAUCCUGCCCCUGCAGUCUCCGUGCUCUUACUUCCUCGAUGGCUACAGCCGCAUAUGAAUGUCGUUGACGUAUGCUUCGGAGCUCCAGGAGAUUGGUCGGACAUUCUGUUUUCGGAAAAUAUGCCGAUUCAUGGAUACAGACGAACUCACAACAGUCUGAAACACGGCAUAUUCACUGUAACCCGAAACGACUUUGACGUUAUCCCAACUGAAACGUCCGCGGAACUUUUAUUGAGACACCAUGAUCAUUACAUCAAAACACUUGGAAAGCCAAACGCUGUUGUGAUGCACGUUGAUCGAGUUGACGACCUUGAACCGAUAAUGGCAAACUUGAAGUACUCUACUUGGAGAACGUGGAGAACCAGGACACGCUACCUUCUUAUUGUACCAAGUAUUUCAACAAUGUAUUCCAACCCUGUUACACUGCACUUUGUGCUCAAUCCAUUUUACUUGCACUGCGUGGUUCAGCCUAUUUUAUUCUCUGCUACAUAUUUAUGUAUAUACUGAUACUAUUCAUAGAGACAAUAUGUAACGUGGCUGAUUGCAACAGAAUGUUCAAAGUCAUUUGGAAUUACUGGAUUCUCAAUGCCGUGAUACUGUGUUCGUCGAACGACACCGAGGACUUUGUGAAAUCGGACAGAGUCAAGUUAUACACUUAUAACCCGUAUUCGCCGGACCACUCGCAACGGUGGGAAACGGUUCUUCAAGAAACUAUCGAAGUCCCUAUAGAACCGGAUAAUUUUAACCACUCCUGGCACGUAUUCAGGAAAGAUUUCACCGAGAUCCAAUCUCUGGCAGACUGCGAGGUCUUGUUUUUUGACAAAACCCUAAACAUGGAUGGAUACUUGAUCCCGAUCAGUAUGUUUCUAAUUCGACCUAAGAUACUUUUGGACCCAUACAAACCCGGAAUCGGAAAAUGGAUCGGACCGGAUGGUUUGCUGCUUCGUACACUUGCCACAAAAUUAAAAUUCAACGUAGCCGAGGUCUUCAACGGAGAACCCGAUCUUUAUGGAUAACUACUUGCAAACCGUUCGUACACCGGUGAAUUGAAACUCACGUUUUACGGGCUGUCCAACAUCGUGACCGACGGUCAUCUCAUGGGGGAUUUACCUGGUCUGGAAAUGACCUAUCCCCACUCAUCGACCGGAGUGUGCUUUGCGUCUCGUGUGGCCGGCUUGUACCCGCAAUGGACGAAUAUUUUCGUCGCUCAAAAUAUAUGGAUUGGACUUGGGCUCGGCACGAUACUGAUAACCGUCAUUCUCUAUCUGCGCGAUAAGUCGCAGGGUCUGAUACCUGCUCUUCUCAACGCCGAACGAUUUAUUCUUGGUAACUCAAUAAUUCGAUUACCAGAGUCCAUUGAGUACCGAUUAAUUUUUGGAUCGAUUUUUCUCGCGUUUAUCGUUAUCGAUGGAAUCUUCAGAGGUCGUUUUAUAUCAAUCCUAGCAAUCGCACGACGACUUCCGAAUUUAGACACCCUCGAGCAGGUCAAGGCACAAGGAGUGGAAAUCUACGGUUACGGGCCUCUUGUGGAUUUGAUUGACGAUCCUGUCUUGAAGAAGGGUUAUCACGACCUCCGCCCGGAACGUUGCCUCGCUAGGAUCGAACAAGACGGUCAACAGAGAGCCUGCCUCGCUCAAUGUUUAACGUUACCAGCUCUUACGGCAGAUUUUAAUAUGGCAAUCCACAAAGCUUCGACCGUCAUCGGAAAAAACUAUGCAGUGUACAUUUCAACACUGAAUUGGCCAAUGACAGACCGUUGGAACUUUGAUAUACAAAAACUGGUCGAGGCCGGAGUCAUUAACAAAUGGCGUGAGGACCUUGGCCGAGAUAUGGAACUGAAAUCAUGGAGAACGAAACGGGCGGCGGAACAGCCGUACUUCAGACCAGUUGAGCUUGACAGCUUGUUUAGUGCUUUCGUCAUAUUGGUCUUGGGACUCCUAAUUGCUCUGAUCUCUUUUGCGUGGGAGAUGAGAGGCCGACGUCGGGUAACUGGAGAGGAAAAAAAAGCGUAUACACAGAAGAGAUCGACUGACAGGAAUACGAAACAAAACGUCGAUCAAGCAACAGUGAAUUUUCACUGACGUGAGAAAUCAUUUGCUAUUGCCAUUUUUAUUGUAUUUCAGAUAGCACCUCAUCACUGUAAUGGACAGUUGCAAUAUGUUUUCGAGAUCGCUCACGAAAUGAGAAUACAUAAUGUGAUGUUUUAUCAUCGCUAUCCGCAGAAUAUCACUAUGCUUUACGUAAACUUUUUGUAUCGUGCACUGAACAACUUUACGGCUAUUAAAGUGUAAUAUUUAGUUUGGAACACAUAAAUUUAGAAAAUCUUGUUUUUUUCCUUUGGUUCUCUUAUAAUUAUUUUGAAAUCGCGAUUCAGUAAUUGCUUGAAGUUUUGGGACUAAUAAAUAACUCUAGGCAAAUAAUGAUGAACUUUUGUUUAUAUCACUGAAAUCGGAGGGCAAUUAUUUGAUCAUUUGUCA